AUGCCGCUCGCGCACGUGUCUUCGCGCGUCGCUGCGCGCGCGUCGCCACGUUCACCGAGCGAACGUGUACGAUCGCGCGCUCGACGCUCCGUGAACGGUCGUGUUCGAGCGACUUCGCGAGACAUCGUGGGCGUCGAAUCGAUGUUGAUGUCCAGCGUUUGCGCGCGACGAGCGCCUCGCGCGGUUGACGCUCGCGCUUUCACCGCCGAGCUCUUCCACGACGUCACGAGCGAAGACGCCGAGCGCGCCCGAUACGUAGCCACGCUGAGCGUGUGUUUGGCCAUGCUCAGCGUCGGUUGCGCGUGCGGUGCAAUCGCGGGGGCUUUGGUGUACAUUGAAUCAGGUACAGUUCUCGGGACGCUCUCGACGACGAUGAAAGGCACGGUGGUAGCGGCACUGCCGCUCGGCGCGCUGUUCGGUUGCGCGGUGACGCCGGGUGUCAACGAGCCAUUCGGAAGACGGUUUGCGCUCGCCGUAUGUGAUGUCGGCUUCAUUAUCUCCGCGAUCCUGAUGGCUAGCGCAACCGCGGUGCAACAAGUCGUCGUCGGGAGAUUUCUGGCCGGUCUAGCGGUCGGGAUCGCGACUUCAAUGUGCACGAUGUACAUAUCUGAAAUGGCUCCGGCGAAAACGCGAGGCAAGCACAGCGGGUUGGCGCCUCUGUCAGUCACCAUCGGUCUCUUGUGCUCUUUCGUUCUUUCACUCGUCGCGGUAAACGUGCCCGACGGUUGGCGCUGGAUGUUCGCCAUCGCCGCCGCUCCCGCGUUGACGCAGCUCGGCAUCAUUCUGGGCACGGAUGCGCUCCCAGAGUCUCCGCGAUGGCUCGCUGAAAACUGUCGGGUUGGCGAGGCCAAGGCUGUGUUCAACAGACUCGGUCAACCAGAGGUGGACGUGCACAUCAUCGCCUUGAACGCGACGUCAAAUACAUCGAACAAGAUUAUGAGCCUUCUAAAAGACGCAAAGACGCGUCACGCGCUCGGCGUCGCGAGCUUGAUGAAUUUUUUCCAACAGGCGUGCGGCAUAAAUGUCGUCAUUUACUACGCUCCGAAGAUUCUCAGCGAUCUUGGUUUCGACAGGUCGCACGCGAUCGCUCUCACGGCGUGCGUAAGCGUUAUCCAGAUAUUUGCCGGGACAUGGCUCUCGCGCAGCGUUGAUGCCGUCGGUCGACGACCCAUGGCACUCGGCGGCACGGCGACAAUGUGUUUCGCUCUCGCUCUGUUGACUUUGAGCGUCACGCCAAGCGUUUAUUCUCACUUUAUGAGCGCCGCAGCCGCACCCUGGCUUGCCGUGGGCGCAAUCCUUUUGUUUCGGAUUGCGUUCAGCGUCAGUCUCGGCCCCUUGCCGUACAUCGUGACGAGCGAGGUGUUCCCGCAAAAAGUGAGAAACGUGGGCGUGAGCGUCGCCACGUCUGUGCAAUGGAUCAUGAACGCUCUCGUGACGUUUUCAUUUUUGCGCAUCCGCGAGUUGUGGAACGCUCAAGGAGUUUGGAUGUUGUACUUUGCGGUGAGCGUCCUCUCCCUCGCCGUGGUUCAUAAGGUGUUGCCUGAAACCACCGGCGCAUCUCUCGACGGCUGA